AUGUCUACUUCGCGUCUCCUCUCCAGUAUCCACCAAGAUCUCGUCGCCGCGCUCGCACUCAUCCAUCCUCCCAAGCGUCCUACCCACAUGGAUUACGAUUACCCGGCAAUACUAUUUCACGUGUCGGAGUUAUUGGCGAGCGAAGAUGUGUUCGCUACCGUGGCCGCCGUCAUCUGGUACAUCUGCGGCUGGGAUCACAAUAAUCUGAUGCUCGCUGCAGUCACGUCCACGUGCAUCUGGUACUACUAUCAACACAUUCAAAACGACCGAGUGUAUUGUGUCGAGGAGACAAGGUCCUUAUUUGCCAAGAUUAGACCCAGAGUCUUCUACAUCCUCACAACCCUAGGUCUACGCGUCUCAAAGUGGAUUGCUACCGCUAUCUUCACCACCUUGGGAACAGCGAACGUCUUACUAUUUCUGUCGUUUUGCCUCUUGGUGGUUUUCUUUGGUCCGGCCAACUACGUUCAAUUGGUCUUCCAUUCGAUACCAGCGUCUAUCCCGACACUCGCUACUUGGAUACUCGAGAGCCUCAGUCAACUGGAAAUUUGGUGCCGAUAUAGACUUCAAUGUCUACCGGAAGCGUACUGGCCGGGCGGAAUUUGGAAAUGGUACAUGAGAGCCUUAGGGAUCGACGUGGAUGAGAAGUUGAAAUAUUCGCCAAUUAACGGCGAUCGAGAGAUCAGGCUCUUCCAGCUAUAUAGGUGGAUUCCCUUUGCCGGAGUAAGAGGAUCCCUAAUCCAUGUCAAAGUUGACAACGCCCCGGAGUAUCACGCAAUCUCCUAUCACUGGGGUGAUAGCAAGGAAAGUCGUCGCAUCUCAGUCAACGGUGCCAGUUUCGACGUAUCAUUCGCCACCCACGGUGCUCUCGAUAGUUAUAGCUCGCUAUGGCGCCAGCGUUUAGUGUGGAUCGACGCUCUCUGCAUCGACCAGAAAGACGACGCCGAGAAAGGUAAGCAGGUGGCCUUCAUGAAAGAUAUUUACUCCAAGGCCCACCGCGUUAUAGUGCACCUCGCAGAUCAGCCCCUGGCUCCCCACUUGCAUUGGCUGCUCCACGAGUUCGGGACCAUGGUUGCGCAGCCGUACUUUAGGGCCGAAAACGUGUUUACCAGAUACGAAAGAGAAGGACUUUCGCCAAGGUGGCUGGCGAUGAUAUCCUUUCUCAAUUCGGGGUGGUUCUCGAGGGUCUGGAUCGUGCAGGAAGUUGCCGUAGCUUCCGAUAUACGCGUUCGAUACGCUGGCUGGACCUAUGACUGGGACUUCCUGGUUACAACGCUGGAAGAGGGACUUCGGGCACCUGAGAUGGCCGGACUCCUUCAAACAAUCCAGAGAGGACGUCAUGCUGUGCAUCAGCUCGGUAACUUGGCAUCAUUGAGAUACAUGCGGACCAUGAUGGCUUUGGUGGAGGCGUACCGAACUUCUCGGCAGUCCAAUAAAUUGUUAACCAAAUUUCUCAGAGCCGUGGGAGACGAUGAGGCCGCCGGGAAAGUGCAAGACCAGACAUCACCAACACCACUAAUUUACUUGCUGGAGAUGUUCAUCGACUUUAAGUCGACGGACUCGAGAGAUAAGGUGUACGCCUUGCUCGGCUUAAUGGGCGAUGACCCUCCGGCUAGCCUCGCUCCAAAUUACGAUCCUUCCGUUACCCCAACACACGUCUUCACGACAGCUGUUCAACACAUCCUGUCCGAGACUAAGAUAGAACAUCGCCUCUCAGUCCUGGCCAAGGCAGGCACAGGUUACCCCGGCCGAAUGGAUGGACUGCCAUCCUGGGUGCCCGAUUGGACGCAAUCGCCGCCAGGCGCGCCUCUGUCUUCUUUCCUAUAUCAAUAUCAACCAUUCCGGUACAAAGCGUCCGGAAAGACAAGACCAGAAAUCCACGAUAUCGACCCCUAUUCUGGCACCUUAAGCCUCGGCUGUAUCCAUGCCGAUGAAAUCGCCUUCCUCAGUGAGCCGUACGUGGCAAUAGAAGACGACAAACUCGUAGCGGAUCGCUACGGCCAAAUUUUCCAUCCAGGAGAGCUUGUCGCUCAUCACAAAUGGCACACUGACACAUUUGCCAUGGCUGCAUCCGUCCUGCGAGACCCAUACCCGUUUAAACAAGGCCAGUCUGUCAAAGAGGCUUUUUGGCGGGCAUUACUUGGUGAUGUGCACAAGGACUCUCGGCCGGCCGCGGGCUAUCUCGGCGAGCUCUACGAUGACUGGGUUGCUAUGCAGAAGGAGCUGCUUCCUUACGGGCGUGAUGCCGGCCACACGCUUUCUUUCCCUCAGGAUGAUGCGUUCUGGGACCGGAUGCGCCGUACAGGGCAGUGGAAUAACGCCAUGGCCACGUGCGCCGUAGGGCGCCGAUUGGCCGCAGACAGACCCAAGCCAGUCGGCCACAAAGAGUUGAGCAGCACUAUCCCGGCUACCCUCGGUUCACGCCGCUUCUCUUCUCAGAGUGGUCUGCGAAGGCAGAGCAACUCGUAG